UGUGUAUGGAGUUUCCUCUGAAAAAAACAACAAACUUUUAAUCUCUCACUCUCUCACACUCACACUCACACACAGGGACUUAUAUUUUGGUGGUAGGUUAAACAGAGAGGGAAGCUCUAGGCUUGAUUACUGCUUCACGCUCACUUGAGCUCGUUUACAACAAAGAGCCAAGAAGGGAGGCGAUUUUCUGGAGUGAAAGUAACCCAGAUCGGAUUGAUGACUGAAACACCACCGGAGUUGUUUUUCUUUCUUUCCAGUUCAGCAGGACGAGUGGACUCGCAGCUAUUGUUCCUGAUAAUCCGGAGACACGCGAUGCCAGAUCCACAGCCUAAGUAGUGCUGAGUGCAGAGAGCUGGGAGCUGAACGAUGGGGAAUAUAGCGACCAAGUUUCGAAAGGCUCUGAUUAACGGAGAUGAGGUGCUCGCCUACCAGCUGUACGAGGGCAACCCGCAGUUUAAAGAGUCACUGGACCCAAACACCUCAUAUGGGGAGCCUUAUCAACAUAACACCCCACUCCACUAUGCUGCUAGGCAUGCAAUGACACGGAUACUCAGGUCCUUCCUCUUCAGCAAGGAUGGCAACCCCAACAAGCGCAAUGUGCACAAUGAGACUGCGCUGCAUGUGCUGUGCAUGGGCCCACACAUCCUGCUGGCAGAGGGGACGCUGCAGCCGCGCCUGGCACGGCCCUAUGAGGAUGAGAGGCGUCGUUCUGACUGCCUCCAGAUGAUCCUCAAGUGGACCGGUGCCAAGCUGGACCGUGGCGAAUACGAGAAUGCCGACGUCAACGCCACUGACAACAAGAAAAACACGCCACUGCACUAUGCCGCCGCCUCAGGGAUGAAGACGUGUGUGGAGUUUCUCGUAAAGCGUGACGCAGACCUGUUUGCUGAGAACGACAAUAAGGAGACACCAUGCGACUGUGCAGAGAAGCAGCAUCAUAAGGAGUUGGCACUAAGUCUGGAGUCUCAGAUGGUUUUCUCAACAGACCCCAAUGCUGAGGACAUCGAGGCUGAGUACGCUGCACUUGACCGCAGGGAGUUUUACGAGGGCUUGCGGGUCCAAGACCUGAGGAGGCUGAAGGACAUGUUGAUAGUGGAGACCGCAGACAUGCUGCAGGCUCCUCUCUUCACUGCAGAGGCUCUCCUCAGGGCACAUGACUGGGACAGAGAGAAGCUUCUAGAGGCGUGGAUGUCCAAUGCUGAGGACUGCUGUCAGCGCUCUGGGGUUCAGAUGCCCACUCCUCCACCCAAAGGCUACAAUGCCUGGGAUACACUACCCUCACCACGAACGCCACGCACCACCCGCUCCUCAAUUACGUCACCUGACGAAAUUAGCCUCUCGCCCGCUGAUGACGACCGCUCCCUGUGUGGUAUAUGUAUGUGUGCUGCCUCCAUGUUUGAAGAGCCUGUUGAUAUCCCGUGUGGGCAUGAGUUCUGCAGAUCAUGCUGGGAAAGCUUUUUGAAUAUGAAGAUACAGGAGGGAGAAGCUCAUAACAUCUUCUGCCCAGCCUAUGACUGCUUCCAGCUGGUUCCUGUGGAGGUUAUAGAAAGUGUUGUGUCCAGGGAGAUGGACAAGCGGUACCUGCAGUUUGACAUUAAGGCCUUUGUGGAGAACAACCCAGCCAUCCGGUGGUGCCCGCGGGCAGGCUGUGAGAGAGCGGUACGCUUGGCGAGGCAGGGGCCUGGUGCCAGCUCCUCUGACCCGCUCAGCUUUUCUCUGCUCCAGGCCCCGGCUGUGGACUGCGGAAAAGGCCAUCUCUUCUGCUGGGAGUGCCAGGGGGAGGCUCAUGAACCCUGUGACUGCCAAACAUGGAAAAUGUGGCUGCAGAAGGUCACUGACAUGAAGCCAGAAGAACUGGCAGGUGUGAGUGAGGCGUAUGAAGAUGCUGCCAACUGUCUGUGGUUACUCACCAACUCCAAACCCUGCGCCAACUGCAAGUCUCCCAUUCAGAAGAAUGAAGGCUGCAACCACAUGCAGUGUGCCAAGUGUAAGUAUGAUUUUUGCUGGAUCUGUCUAGAGGAGUGGAAGAAGCACAGCUCUUCUACAGGAGGCUAUUACCGCUGCACUCGCUAUGAGGUCAUUCAACAGGUGGAAGAGCAGUCUAAAGAAAUGACCGUGGAGGCUGAGAAGAAGCACAAGAGCUACCAGGAACUCGAUCGCUUUAUGCACUACUACACACGCUUCAAAAAUCAUGAGCACAGCUACCAGCUGGAAGACCGUCUCCUCAAAACGGCCAAAGACAAGAUGGAGCAGCUGAGCAAAGUCCUGAGUGGAAGGGAAGGAGGUGCUCCAGACACUACUUUCAUUGAAGAUGCAGUCCAUGAACUUCUUAAGACUCGCCGUAUCCUCAAGUGCUCUUACCCUUAUGGUUUCUUUCUGGAGCCCAAAAGCACCAAGAAAGAGAUCUUUGAACUUAUGCAGACUGAUCUGGAGAUGGUAACGGAGGAUCUUGCCCAGAAAGUGAACAGGCCCUACCUCCGUACCCCUCGCCAUAAGAUAAUCCGUGCAGCCUGCCUGGUGCAACAGAAGAGGCAGGAGUUCCUCGCCUCUGUGGCUCGAGGCGUGGCACCCAACGACUCCCCAGAAGCCCCACGACGCAGUUUUGCUGGGGGCACAUGGGACUGGGAGUACCUGGGUUUCGCAUCUCCAGAGAUCCAGGGGAAUCAGGCAAUUCUCAGAGGAAUUGAUCCGAGAGUCCACAUUCAAAAUGCAGGAGGCCAGCGGCAGGAGUAUGCAGAGUUCCAGUACAGACGCAGACACAGACAGCGCAGGCGUGGAGACAUGUCUAGCCUUCGCAGCAACACCCCAGACUCUGACGAGCCCAACCCCAGCAAUUUAGAUACAGAUCAAGUUGGUGGUAGUCAGAGGCAAGGAUUACCUAUGCCCCAUAGCUCCUUGGAUGAAGAUGAUCCUAACAUCCUGCUGGCCAUCCAGCUCUCUCUACAGGAGUCUGGGAUGGCCAUGAGUGAUGGAGGUGCUGUAGACACACAGGAGCUGCUGGCUCACGAAGCAUCUCUGGGGGCCAUCGGCACUUCUCUGCCCUCCAGACUGGACCCAUUGCUCCAUGAUGUCGAUGUUCCUCGUGCUGCACUGAGCAGUUCUGAGCUCCUGGAGCUCGGAGACAGUCUAAAGAAGCUGGGUAACAUGAGUGGCCAGAACGUCCCGCAACGCUUUAACAUUGUUGGCAAUCCCAGCUGCGAGCCCACUGGAAGCCCUUUUCCACUUCCCUCCGGACAUGCGGACUCCGCUGAAUUAGACUCCGCUGACAGUGCUAAUCUCCUGGGCAACAUCAUGGCCUGGUUCCAUGACAUGAACCCUCAGAACAUCAGUCUGGUUCCUUCAGCCACUUCUUCAGAUCCAGAGUUUGGCGCUCAGCUCGGCUCCGAGCAAACGAUGGAAAAGCCCUUCCAGCAGUGGACAGUAGAGGGCGAGCAAGAGGAUUGUGAGUACAGCAGCACGCAAGAGAGGGAGCCUGUCAGACCCACUCAGCUGGACCUGGUGAGUGUAGACGUGCCGUCUGCAAUCGCUCUUGUGCCCCAGAUGAGUGAAACCAUUGGCACCUCUCAGGCGAGCCACCACGGCGACACCCUGAAAUGUGACUCGGACCCUGAACAGCCAAGCAGCAGCUCUUCUGAGUGGGAGAGUCAAGUGCAUCUUGUAUGAAAUCACGCCUCCUCUUCCUCCUCCAUAACCACUUUUGAUGUGAAUAAACUGACGAAGACAUCAAUCGUGAGAAGGGAUUCAUUCGUAUACUGAUAUGAUUAGAAAUCGGCUGAAACCCUAUUUUAAGAAGCCUGAAAUUGUCUUGAAACUUGUCUGGUGUCUCUUGCUGCAGGCCUGUGUGUUUUUGUGCUUUGAGGACAUGAUGUGUAAUUUUCUAAUUAGAAGCAGACAGUGUUUCACAGUCUUGAAGAGG